AUGGCGUCUCUUGCAGCUCGAUUUGCUAAAGAUGGCAAGACCAUCAUCGCAAUCGGACGCAACUAUCUCGAACACAUCAAGGAGCUCAACCACGAGCGACCCGUCGAACCCUUUUACUUUCUCAAACCUACCUCGAGCUACUUGCCGUCUGGCGGGACGAUCGAGCUACCACAAGGCGUAGAUGUUCAUCAUGAGGUCGAGCUGGGCGUGGUGAUAGGCAAGCGAGCGAGAGAUGUGCGGGCGCAUUCGGCGAUGGACUACAUAGCGGGCUACACGCUUGCCAUUGAUCUAACAGCGAGGAAUAUGCAAGAAGUAGUAAAGAAGAAAGGUCUGCCUUGGUCUGCCGUCAAGGGAUUCGAUACAUUCUGCCCAGUGACGGGCUUCAUACCCAAGCAAGCCAUCGACAACCCUCAUAAUCUGAAACUGUGGCUCAAAAUCAAUGAUGUCUUCAAGCAAAACGGCACGACUGCCGACAUGAUGUUCAAGAUUCCAGAGCUGAUCCACCACUGCUCGUCCAUCAUGACACUGCAAGAGGGUGACUUAUUGCUCACAGGCACGCCAGCCGGUGUAUCGUCCGUCAAGCACGGUGACAAGAUUACUGCUGGUCUGCGCGACUCGCAAGGCAAGGAAUUAGCCCUAUGGCAAGGAGAUGCUAGAACGCGUGAAGGAGGCUACGUUUUCUCCGCCUGA